GGAAGUGCUAUGUAGACCCAGUGCUAAUGCUAUACAAUUUUCAAUCGUGUCGAAGCGUUUACAUUUAUUACUUUCUUUUGUAAAUUGCAGUAUAUCUCAAUAACGUACAGAAAUGUCUCUGGAGACUGUCCCAAAAGACCUUCGUCAUUUGAGAGCGUGUCUGCUGUGCUCUUUGGUCAAGACUAUUGAUCAGUUUGAGUACGAUGGAUGUGACAACUGUGAGUCAUAUCUACAGAUGAAGGGCAAUCGAGAGAUGGUUUAUGAAUGCACCAGCUCUUCUUUUGAUGGUGUUAUUGCAAUGAUGAGCCCAGAAGACAGUUGGGUGGCAAAAUGGCAAAGAAUUGGCAACUUCAAGCCAGGUGUCUAUGCAGUGACAGUAACAGGCCGGUUACCCCCAGGUGUGGUGCGAGAGCUGAAGAGCAGAGGUGUCAUCUACCGCUCCAGAGACACUGCUGUGAAAACAUGAGGAUGAUUUAGAUUUUUGUAAAGUAGUGUGUGUUGCUGCAUAUUGAACAUCCUGUUUUUUUUUUAUUCUUCCAUGCGUCUCAAUGUUUAUUCUUCCUUCAAGUCUUACAUAAUGUUGAAUAUUCAACCAUUGGUUGGGCUGGCAUUUGAUGGAGAAAUUGUUUUGGUUAUUCCGUGUAAAGGAUUUAAAUGUGAAUAAAAGUGUUAUACACAGAGCACCAGUAGAGGGCGCUAUCACGCUUCA